AUGGAGUCAAAGAAACAGUCUCCUCUGAGUCCUUCAAGGCUACCUCUCAUUGUUAAUAGGCACCAACUUGGUGGACAACUUCAUCAAUCUCUGUGGCAGAUGUCGAAGAAAUACGGUCCUAUAGUCCGAUUGAAGCUAGGAAGUUCAUUUAGGUGCAUCAGAGAGGAAGAGGUUGCUUUAGUCUUUCAAUCGAUCUCUCAAUCUGCUGCUUCCAAGUCCCCUGCGGAAUUAACCGAAAAGCCAUUUUUCCUGACAUCGGAUGUGAUCAGAAGGGUUACAUCCGAAGGGAACUUUGAGAAGAAUAAAUACGAGGGUGGCGGGUUUCAAAGGGAGAUCAACGAAAUGAUGUCGGUUAUUGGAUCCUUCGCUGCUUCUGAUUUCUUUCCUUAUGUUGGAUGGAUAAUUGAUAGGCUCAUAAGCCUCAAAGUCAACGAAGAUGAUGUUGGAAAACUUGAAUACCUGAACAUGGUGGUGAAAGAGACAUGGAGACUUCAUCCACCAGCUCCACUUCUAGUUCCAAUAGAGGUCAUGUCCCUCGUUGAGGUCAACGGUUACAAGAUAUACCCAAAGACUAGAAUCCAUGUCAAUGUAUGGGCCAUCGAACGAGAUCCCCAGAUUUGGAAGGACCCGGAAGAGUUUUUGCUGGAUAGAUUUGCAGGAAGCCCGAUUGAUUUCAACGGACAACACUUCCAGUUAUUGCCGUUCAGUGGAGGAUGCAGAAUUUGUCCCGAUAUCAACAUGACAAUUACGUUGGUGCAGCUUACACUUGCAAAUCUUUUACAUUGCUUUGACUGGAAAUUACUAGAAAGGUUGAGCAAGGAAGAUAUCAACAUGGAUGAAGCUCCUGGAAUCACUCUUCAUAAGAAGACCAAUCUUGUGCUUGUUCCUGUUAGCUAUGUCUGAUCUUCUCAAAACAGAUCUCUUCUCAAUGGUCUGCACUGUAGAAUGAAUUUUGAGCUUUUCAGUUUGCUUAAUUCCUUGGAUUGAAGUUUCGUUAAGGUUUUCUCCUUUCUGCAGUAAA